UGACACCUCUAGAGGUUCUGUACACAAAUAUCACGGGCUACUUCAAUUUUUUCCACGAGAUGUAACCAUUCUCUCACAUCGGACCUAGUGAACAUUUUCUCCAGAUAUCGCCCUGAUAGUCUGAAUUAGCACCUCUUGCCUUGAUGGCGUGUUUUGUGCCAGUCUGACUGAUCUAGAACAAAAGAGAGAGCGGUCAGGAUGAGCGGCGUGGCGCUCGCGCUGGAGGUGGUGGUGGUAUUCUUCCUCGCACUCUUCCUCCUGCAUCGCUAUGGAGAUUUCCGCAAACAGCAGCGGAUGGUUCUGUUCGCCACCCUCCUUGCCUGGUUCCUGUGCUUCCUCAUUGUCUUCAUCCUUCCGCUGGACGUCAGUACGACCAUUUAUAACCAGUGUAAGAUUGAUAAUCAAGUCCACCUGGUGGCAAGCAACACUUUCAACCUUGAUAAUACAUCCAACACCUUGGUAUCUCCAACACAAAGGGUACCGAAGACUUGUCACAAGCCUUGGAGUUACAUCCCAGAUGGAAUUCUCCCAGUGUUCUGGAGGGUGGUGUACUGGACAUCACAGUUUCUAACAUGGCUCUUGAUUCCCUUCAUGCAGUCAUACGCACGUUCAGGUGGUUUCUCCAUCUCGGGGAAGAUAAAAACAGCCCUGAUUGAAAACGCCAUUUAUUAUGGCACAUACCUGCUUAUCUUCUGCUCUCUGCUCAUCUACGUCGCCGUCAGUCCGCAGUGGCACCUCUCCUGGUAUGACUUGCGAACGAUUGGCAUUACCGCAGCCAAUACCUGGGGGCUGUUCCUACUGGUGCUUUUGCUAGGAUACGGCCUGGUGGAAAUCCCACGCUCUUAUUGGAGGGCAUCGUGCCACGGGCAACUGCUGGCGAAGACAUAUUUUAAAGCAGCAAAACUGAUGACGGAGAAAGCCGAUGCAGAGGAAAACCUGGAGGAUGUCAUUGAGGAAGUCAGAACAAUUAAUGAGACUAUCAAAUACAACCAUCCUCUGAGAAAAUGCAUUGAUACGAUUCUGAGAAAGUGUCCUUUUGAGUACCAGGAAAAGUUGGGCAGGAACAUGGAUGAUUAUGAGGACUUUGAUGACAAGGGAAACCCUUAUCCUAGUAAAAAGAGUUUAGUCAAACUGCAUAAACGGGUGAUCUAUGCUGUCCAGAGGCAUAACCGCACACAGGUGCAAUGGCAGAUUCUAUUGGACGAGGCUUUUCACUUAGAGGAUGUGGCCAAAAAUGAGACAAGCUCCACUCACCAGUUCAUUCGCAGCUUCCCCUCUGCCGAGCCACCUGGAUGGAACAGCAAGUACCUGUACACUCCCACUGUGGAGUGGUAUUGGGAGUGUGUGUUCCGCCGCUGGUGUUAUCGUGUACUGGCUGUGGUUCUGUGUGUGUUCUCUGCUGCAGUGGUCUGGUCUGAGUGCACUUUCUUCAGCACACAGCCCGUUCUGUCACUCUUUGCCGUCUUCAUCCAGCUCGCAGAGAGAGACUACAACUACGUUUAUAUAGAGAUGGCGUGUUUUGUCACCAUAUUCUUCCUGUGCUACUGCGUGUACUCCACUGUGUUCCGUAUCCGAGUCUUUAACUAUUACUAUCUGGCUCCUCACCAUCAGACGGACGCCUACAGUCUGCAGUUCAGCGGCAUGUUAUUUUGUCGUUUGACGCCUCCGCUGUGUCUGAAUUUUCUGGGAGUGAUUCACAUGGAUUCCACCAUCUCACACCAGCAGAGACAGCAGACAGCGUACACUUCAAUAAUGGGAUCCAUGCAGGUGCUGUCUUUCAUCGCUAAUGGAUUUUAUAUCUACUACCCCAUGCUCAUUGUUUUGCUCUGCAUUGCAACUUACUUCAGUUUGGGUACACGCUGUCUGAAUUUGCUGGGCUUUCAGCAGUUUAUGGGGGAGAACGAUCUGACCUCUGACCUUGUGGACGAGGGGAGAGAACUCAUCUGUAGAGAGAGGAGGAAACGGCAGAGAACAGAAGAUGGAGAGAGCAGGCGAAGAGAAUGGAGGGAGCGCUAUAGUGACCAGAGGGAGAGAUACAGAGGGAGGAAUAAAAGUGCAUACUCAGAGCUGAAGGAGGCAGACAGUUCCAGCACAGACUCUGGCAAAGCUCAGUCUCGAAGAGAUCAUAGCGACAAUGCUGAGUUACUACAGGAUGUUGAACCACUGGACUUCAAUGGGGAUGAACCUCUGGAGACAGACAACAGGAGGUACGCUGGAGGGCAUUACCUCUCUACCUCUGCAUCUCGAACCCGCAUCUUUGAUGAUGUAUGAGAACAAGGAAAACGAGGAACUGUUUGCACUUUUGAACUUUAAACUCUUCCUGAAGUGUCCAGUGAGGGACUGCAGCUAAAGGUUCUGUGUGUCUUUCUGUAAUGUGUUUGCAUUGUGUGAGUGUGCCGCCUUGAUCCUUAAAGUGUUAGUUCAUCCAAAAAAUUGAAAUUCUGUCAUCCGUUUACUUACACUCAUGUCAUUGCAAACCCAUAUGACUGUAUUAAUGUCAGGCGGAAUGUACAUGCUGCUCUUUUUCAUACAAAAAAAGUUGAUGUGGAAGGACACUGUCAAGCUCCAGUAAUGUAAAAAAAACAAAAAAAGCACCAGUUAGGACUUUCUCUCCACCAUAGCUCUCAAAUCUCAUUCGAGUUCACAUUUGGUGCCAGUUUUGAUGUUGAUGAGAGAUGCACAAUAUUGUUGGUUCUCAAAUGUCUCCUGACAGAUCAUGUUAUGACCGGAGAUUUGAGAGCUGUGGCAGAGGGGAAGAUUUUCAGCGAAUAAUGAACUAAAAUUUCUUUCUGUUCAUCACAUAAAGCUAUCUUAUUGCUCAGUGUCAGAAAUUAACUUUUACAUUAAGGGGCAUAUCAUUUUCUAACCAUUUUAAACUAACUGUGUCUCGUGCGUUUAUGUACGAAUUUGUCAAUUUAAACGAUAAAUUAUAACCUCUUACUCUAAGAACAACUCACAUUUUAUGCCAUAUUUAUAACUAGGAAUAAAAUAAAGUAUUAAGAACAAUAUUAGAUGUUACAAAUAAAAAAUUCAAAAUUUUUUUGGGCAUUUUUGGUGGCAUUUUUGCCCCAAGUCCCCCUGAAUUUCUGGAAAUUUCUGGAAUGCUUCAGAUAACUUGUAAUAUAGUGCACAAGUCAUAUUGACUACUUUUACGGCACCUUUUUUGAAACUUGACAGCCUGUGGUCACAAUGCUUUCAUUGUAUUAAAAAGUGCAGCGUGAACAUUCUUUCAAAUUUUGCCUUCUGUGUUCCACAGAAGAAAGAAAGUCACUCAAGUUUGGAGUGGCAUUAGGGUAAAUAAGAGUAAAUGAUGACAAUGUUUUUUUGGGUCAACUAAUUCUUUAGACCUCUCAUGGCCCCUUUAUUUCCGGAUGAAGCCAAAAUAUCAAACACUACAUACCCAGACAUAAUAGUAUCUUCAAGUAUUUCGUAUUUUGUAAGAGUGAUUAUUAUUACAGGUUGUGGCUGAAAAGGGAAAUAUAUAAGGGUUCCAUUACUUUUGGAAUUAUCUUUUGAAAGUUUAAAAGUUUAUAUUUAGAGAAUAUAAUUUAAGGGCCUGAAUUAAGAAAGGGAAUGCAUAAGGUUCCAGUGGUGCCUGUACUACAUUUCAUACUCUGAACUGUUACCUGCUUUGACCUCUGACCUUUCCAUCUCAGAAUGAUAACUUGUUUGACCAGUACAUUAUUUACAACAGUAAAUUGUAUAUUUUAUUUUAUUAUUUAGUGUUUAAAAGAAUAGUUUACCCGAAAUGAAAAUUUUAUCAUCAUAUACUCAAGAGAUGUUAGGCAGAAUGUUUAGUCUAUCACCAUUCACAGAUUCUAAAAUUACCAAGGAAAAUAUUCAGAAAAUGUCUAAUUCUGGUUUAACCAUUCAUAAAAAUAAAAAAAAAAUGUUGUACUGUAAACAUGGAGGAGUCUCUUAUAGAGCAUUAUUUGAUGAUCAAUGCAUACAGUAUAAAUGUGAUUUAUGUUUGUUUUACUUUUUCAUUUAUGUUCUAUUUAUUUACAAAUGUCUUUUCAUGUCUGUUUCUUAAAUAACUUCUCAGUGCUACUGAAGGAUGUUGAAGGAUGAAUUAUUUGGGGAUGGCACACAAAUCUUUAUAGCAGCUAUGUGUUAAUUCCUCUCCAACUUUGUUUGUGUAAUUGUUUGAUUGGGUUUUCUGUAAUACCUCAAAUAAAAAUACCUGAGAUUUA